GAGUGUGAGUGAGAUUAUGUACGAGUAUCUAGGAAAAAAACAGAGCUCCGCCACCUUUGAAUAUUAAAACUGGAGCGUAACAAAAGAAAAUACCUGAAAUUGAGAUAAUGAAUUGAAUUAUUUAUCAAAGCCUCGGUCGGUAACAGGUGUUAAAGUUGGUGAUACAUAGGAAAUUGGUCUGGCCUUUUCCACAACAAAAACUGACAGUAACGUACUAAUCUCCCAAUGUCAGCAAAUUGCGCAAUUUUGUAUUGACAAAGUAAUUUUAUCUGUAAUUAGCUCUCAUUGUGCAACGACCAGGUGAGUAUAAAAGCGAUGGAUCUAUCUGGGGUAUUCCAUGUGCAGCACCAUGAAACUCCAACUUAUUUUUUUCAUCGCAAUCUUGAUAGUGUACGUCUCUGCUGAAUGGGCGUGCAACAGUGGUGUGAGCUAUCGCGAAAAUGACUGCAACUACUGCAACUGCUUGGAUGGAGGAUUGGCAUGUACCAGGAUGCGAUGCGGCCACCAAGAGAGUCUAAGGAUGGCAAGUUGUACCGACUACGGAAAAGUGACAACUAGUCGAUACGGCGAAACUUGCACGUGCACAAGAAAAUACCAUACCGUCUGCUGGAACCAAACGUCAUCAUAAAUUUCACAUAUGUGUUAGAAGCAAAUAAGUUUCCUAAUAAAAAAAUUAAUUUAAAA